AUGCCUACAAGUGCCACCGUUUCGACGCCUCCUCGCGAUAAGAUCGCUGAGCUGAUCCGAGACACCACCAGUACAGACACACACGUCCGACAGGCCGCCUGCCAGGGUCUGGGCUCGGCAGCCCGCGGCGACGCGCGGCUGGCGCCGGUGCUUCUGAAGCUGCUGAAGGAUCGAGACCCGUACGUUCGACAGGCGGCUACCACGUCCUUGGGGCAGGUGGCUCGUCGCGGUGACGAGCAAGUCCUUGAGGCCUUGGUGGCACAGCUCGGAGACUCAGACUCCGCUGUGCGUCGAUUGGCGUGCACGUCACUGGGCCAGGUGUCCAACCGCAGCAGCUCCCGCACGGUCGCCGCACUCGUCGGACGACUCGAGGACAGAGACGGCGGUGUGAGGCGCGCAGCGGUCAAAGCCCUGGAGAAGGUUGCAGACAAGGAGGAUCCUGCUGUCCUCCCGCAGCUCUUCGCCCGCACUGCGGACGUGGAGGCCUUUGUGCGCCAUACGGCGGUGGAGGUCCUCAGCCGACUGGCCGAGGAGGGGAAUGGCGAGUUAGUCCGAGCGCCCCUGUCCGAGCUCAACAGCAGCUUGUCCGAGUGGCUGAGCACGACAACGGUGCAGCCGGUGGCGGACGGCGGGAAGCAGAAGUCUUUGUCGCGGCUCGAGAGGAUCUUGGAGGAAUGCUGCAGCACCUCGUUGACACCAAUGAUCGAGAUUGGCAGGCCGUCCAAGAGCGCCGAUCCCGAUGUCGUCUUUGGACAAGCACCGAGUCCUGAUGGAUGUGGCCAACGUGUUGGGCUACCUCUGUGGGAUGGACCCUACGAGCGCAUUGCCGUGCAAGGCUUUGGCGUUUUUGACGAGGAAGCUUAG